GUGAUUUGGACCAGAGAGAUUUGUUGUCAGAGUCAACUCCGCCUUGCAAGGAUAGCUGCUUUCUCCGUCCAACACAAGACUGCAACAGGCUGAAGAAGAGAUGUUUCAUUUGGAUGAUACAGCUUGUACUAACCCGUCGCUGCUCCAUGCCAGCGUGAUGACGUGAACAAGAGAACGUGAGCUGAGCCAAGUGAGAAGCGAGUCGAACGGCAACUUUAUGAAUGGAGUAACAGAAGCCCGUGUUUAUGAGUAUCUCCUGACGUCACAUAUUCAGGUGCUGUGUGUGAAAUGUAAAAAGCGGUCAUGCCUUUGGUAAAGAGGAGCAUUGAGCCUCGCCACCUGUGCCAUGCUGUAGUGCCUGAUGGGAUUGGCAAUGAGCUGGAAUGUGUGACCAACAACACGCUAUCUGCCAUCAUCCGCCAGCUCAGUAGUCUAAGUACACAUGCAGAAAAUGUUUUUGGGGAGCUUUUUAAUGAGGCCAACACGUUUUAUGGGCGUGCCAACUCUCUCCAGGACCGUAUCGACCGCUUGGCCGUCAAGGUCACCCAGCUGGACUCUAGCGUGGAGGAGGUCUCGCUUCAGGACAUAAACAUGAGGAAGGCAUUCAAAAGCUCCACUGUUCAGGACCAGCAGGUUUUGUCAAAGGGCAGCAUGCCCAGCUCAGUGGCUGAGAUGCAGAACCGCAGUGACAGGCCCCCACCCCUCGAUGCCCUCUCUGCCUACAGGGAUGAUUCCCAAAAUGCCAUGAAGUUCUAUUCAGACCCCUCGUACUUUUUUGAGCUCUGGAAGGAGAAAAUGCUUCAGGACACUGAGGAGAAGCGGAAAGAAAGGCGGAGGCAGAGGGAACAGAAGCGGUGUGUGGAGAGCAACACCAUCCAGCGAGAAGUGAAGAAGGUAAGAAAGGUGAGGAACCGCCGACAAGAGUGGAACAUGAUGGCGUUUGAUAAAGAGCUUCGUCCAGAUCACCGCCAUCCACAGACCCUACGACGAGGGGCUUCAUCUGAGGGCUCACUCUCUCCUGACGGCAGGCCUGAUCUCCCAGAUUACCCCAUCCCUCCUGUGCCCGCCCACGCUGUUUGUAAUUUUGCCAAGUCACAUGAUAAACCACCCUCCUCACCACCUGUGGAGCAUGAAUACCACAGCAUUGAUGUCAACUACAAGAGAGGGACCUACGACUCAGUAGUGCCCCCCAUGAACUGCUCAACUCGUCCACCUGCAGACUACAACUCUCCCCCUCAACCCCCUGCCCAAGGCCCGACCAUCCCCUCAGCACAGACAGCCUUUGGUUUCCCUCCAGGUGCACUUUCACCAACUGCACUUAACGGAGUCUCACAUAUAGGCCCAGGCUUCCCGCUUCCACCCGUACCUCCCCAAGGGUUACACAUGAUCCCCCCUCCUCCAGGCCCUCCUCCUCCACCUCUCCUUCCCCCAGCUGCACCCUCACACCUCGCAGGAUGUGAUGAAGGAGGCAGAGGUGAGGUGAAACCUGUGAGAGAUGCAAGGAGUGACCUGCUGUCUGCCAUCCGUAUAGGCAUCCAGCUGAAGAAAGUCCAAGAGCAACAGGAGCAGCAGAACAAGCGGGAGCCGGUGGGUAACGAUGUGGCCACCAUCCUGUCUCGACGGAUUGCUGUGGAGUACAGUGACUCUGAGCUGGAUGACUCUGAGCUGGAUGAAAAUGAGUGGUCAGACUGACACAGCACAAAGUACAGCACUCAGCUGGACAAAAUUUGAUCUGGCCCCACCUAGAGGACUCAGCGUACCAAUCCACUGCUGGAGAAAUGUUACCUCAUCCUUUAAUUUUAAUAAGUGCUGCCUCGUUAAUCCUUCAUCAGGAAACUGCAUAGGUGAGCGGCUGCUCCUGAAAACAUUAAUCAUUCAGACCUCUUGUACACUUUUAGAGCAAGAAUUUAAUUUUCAUUCCAUACAUUUUUAAGUGUCUACCACUGAUGACAUUUGAGCCAUACAUUUUUUUUUAACUCUCUGAACAUAAAUUAUGUGUUCCUAUAAAAUAUUCUGUCCUUAUAACUGACACCUCAAACAAGUCAUGUCACACCACCUGGUCUAAUGCAUUUUUAAAUGACUCUAGAAAAGCCCUGGUAUAAAUAAUAAACUGAUGUACUGAAUUCCAUAUAUUUCUUCAGUUUCAGGAUCUUGAUAUUGUGCAAGCUGUGAAAAGACAUUUCAUUGACAAGUUAGUGCAGCAAUGUAUAAACUAAAAGUUUGUAGUUAUUCAUUUUUAUCAUUUUAUAGAAAUACAUGUUUGUUUUAACUUGUUGGAUUAAGUGUAGUCCUCCUUACAGUAUGUCAAUCUUUGAUGAAGACCUCCAUUACAAAAUUUCAAAUUGCUACCUCAGUUUGCGCCCAUGAAACUGUCCUCAGUUUGUGUUGUAGGGUAUCAUGAGCAAUAUGAGACAGAUUUGUUCUGCCAUUAAAUUAUUGUUAUUUAUGUGUGAUGUGUCUUAAAGAAGUGGACCUAUCUAUUAAAUUUUUUCAACUGGAAAA